AUGUCAAGUCCACCGGGUUCAUCCUCACGUAAUAUAAAUAGAAGAAGAAAAAGACAGGCAAUUGACGAUGACGAUGAUGAUGAUAAUUUAGAAAGAUCUUCCCUUCAUCAACCAUCAUCACCUCCUUUGAGGUCUUCACCACAAUUAUUACCUUCAUCACCAGCAAUUCCAUUUGAUACUGCUUUAGAUGAUGACGACGAAAUAGAUGAGAUUGUCCAUAAUGAUGUUCAAGAUUUAAAUCCAUCGGAAGAAGAAGAAGAUGGCGAUGAUUUAUUGGAGAAUUUAGAACAAGAUUAUCGAGCUAAUCCAGAACAGGAUCAUUAUGAUUUGGGUGAUGGUAAUAUUGAUGAUACUGGAGAUUAUGAAGAAAUGGAUGCUGCUACAAGAAGAAGAAUUGAUGAACAAUUAAAUAGACGUGAUGCUAUUUUAAAUAAUGCCAAUCGUUCAAGAAGAGGAGCUUUCUUGGAUGAUGAUGAUGACGAUGAUGAAGAAGAAGAUAGUAUGGGACAAUUUGGUUUACCAAUUCAAAGAAGAAGAAGAAGACAACAUCAAGAUGAAGAUCAAGAUGAUAUGAUGGAUGAUGUUGAAAUUGAUCCUUUUAAUGAAGAAUUAUCAUUGGAAAGUUUAAGUGAUGUGAAAGCUCCAAGUAUAACUGAAUGGAUUUUACAACCUGCUGUUAGUAGAUCUAUUGCCCGUGAAUUGAAGCUGUUUUUCUUGGAAUAUACUGAUGCCAAUGGGGAUUCUGUUUAUGGUAAUAAAAUGAGAACUCUUGGGGAAGUCAAUGCAGAAUCGUUAGAAGUUAGUUAUAAAGAUUUAGCUGAUUCUAAAGCAAUUUUGGCAUUGUUCUUAGCUACUAGUCCUGAAGAAAUGCUUAAAAUUUUUGAUAUUGUUGCCAUGGAAGCUGUGGAAUUGCAUUAUCCAAAUUAUUCUCAAAUUCAUCAAGAGGUUCAUGUUAGAAUUACUGAUUUCCCAAAUUAUUUGAAUUUGCGUGAUUUACGUGAAAGUAAUCUUAAUCAAUUGGUUAAGGUCUCUGGGGUUGUUACUAGAAGAACAGGUGUUUUCCCACAAUUGAAAUAUAUUAAAUUUGAUUGUUUGAAAUGUGGGGUCGUAUUGGGUCCUUAUGUUCAAGAUUCAAACACUGAAGUUAAGAUUUCAUUCUGUACCAAUUGUCAAAGUAAAGGUCCAUUUAAAAUGAAUUCUGAAAAAACUUUAUACAGAAACUAUCAAAGAAUUACAUUGCAGGAAGCUCCAGGAACAGUUCCAGCUGGUAGAUUACCAAGACAUCGUGAAGUUAUCUUAUUAUCGGAUUUGGUUGAUGUUGCUAAACCUGGUGAAGAUAUUGAAGUUACUGGUGUUUAUAAGAAUAAUUAUGAUGGUAACUUGAAUGCCAAGAAUGGGUUCCCGGUAUUUGCCACUAUUUUGGAAGCCAAUUCCAUUAGAAGAAAAGAGAGUAGAGCUUUUAUGGGUAGUAACAAUUUAACUGAUAUGUGGACAGAAGAAGAAAUCCGUGAAUUUAGAAAAUUAUCUCAUGAAAGAGGUAUUAUCGAUAAGAUUAUUUCAUCUAUUGCCCCAUCUAUUUAUGGUCAUAAAGAUAUUAAGACAGCAAUUGCUUGUUCAUUAUUUGGUGGUGUUCCAAAAGAUGUCAAUGGUAAACUUUCGAUUAGAGGUGAUAUUAAUGUUUUAUUACUAGGUGAUCCAGGUACUGCUAAAUCUCAGAUUUUGAAAUAUGCUGAAAAAACCGCUAGUCGUGCCGUUUUCGCUACUGGUCAAGGUGCCUCUGCUGUUGGUCUUACGGCUUCUGUUAGAAAAGACCCAAUUACACAUGAAUGGACUUUGGAAGGUGGUGCAUUAGUUCUUGCUGAUAAAGGUACAUGUUUGAUUGAUGAAUUUGAUAAAAUGAAUGAUCAAGAUCGUACAUCUAUUCACGAAGCUAUGGAACAACAAAGUAUAUCUGUUUCCAAAGCUGGUAUUGUUACUACUUUACAUGCUAGAUGUGCUAUUAUUGCAGCAGCAAAUCCAAAUGGUGGUAGAUAUAAUUCUACUUUGCCAUUAUCACAAAAUGUUGAUUUAACAGAACCAAUUUUAUCGAGAUUUGAUAUCUUGUGUGUUGUUAGAGAUUUAGUUAAUCCAGAAUCAGAUGAAAGACUAGCUAGUUUUGUUAUUGAUUCUCAUAUGAGAUCACAUCCAGCUAAUUCGGAUGAUGUUAUUGACGAUAAUGAAAAUGAAGAAAUGGUAGAUGUUGGAGGCGCUGCAUCAAGAACCAGAUCAGAAAGAAUUGAACAAUUGAAUAAACAAAAAGAACUGGAAAUUUCACCAAUUGCACAAGAUUUAUUAAUUAAAUACAUCCAAUAUGCUAGAGUUAAAGUUCAACCAAAACUUCAUCAAAUGGAUAUGGAUAAAGUUGCUAGAGUUUAUGCCGAUUUAAGAAAAGAAUCAAUUGCCACAGGAUCUUUCCCAAUUACUGUUCGUCAUUUAGAAAGUAUAAUUAGAAUUGCUGAAGCUUUUGCUAAGAUGAGAUUAAGUGAAUUUGUAUCUCAAAAUGAUUUGAAUCGUGCUAUUAAAGUAAGUAUUGAUAGUUUUGUUGGUGCUCAAAAAGUUACUGUCAAAAAACAAUUACAAGCCAAAUUCCAAAAGUAUACAUUACCAACACGUUCAAGAUAG